AUGGGGGAAAGGCUUUGGGAACCGUCGGGUUGCCCAGUACCUGGGUAAAUUGGGGUUACUGGUGCUGGGAAAGCAGCUCCUGGAGCUGUCGGGUUGUCGGUACAGGGAACUGCUGGGAUUAUGUGACACUGAGGGCACUGACGAUGCCCCCGGGAUGCUGCCGUCGGAGGGCACCAACCGGGACCGGCCCCAGGGAACCGCCGGGGGGGAAAGGCAGGGAGGGGGGAAUCGAUGAGCACCGCCCGCUCGGGGCGGUCCCAGCCCACCGGGAGAGGAUAAAAGCCAGGCUGGGAGCGGGGCCGGGGGAGCCGGGCAAGAUGAGCGCUGCCCCAGGCACCUCCCGCGCCCCACAGCCGCUGCUCCGCUUCCCCGACGGGGCGGGCGGUCCUGCGGCGGGGACGGAGAACCGAGCUCCAGGGCCCUUCCCCUGCCCGGGGGGACCAAGGAAGAGGCGGCGGACCACGUUCAGCCGGGGGCAGCUGUCAGAACUGGAGAGGGCUUUCGCCGCUGUGCCCUACCCGGACAUCGCCACCCGAGAACGCCUUGCUGAGCUCACGCAGCUGCCUGAGGCCAAGAUCCAGGUUUGGUUCCAGAACCGCCGUGCUCGCAGGAUCCGCAGCGCCAAACCGGAGCCACCACUGUCACCACCACCAGGGGAACAGGAUCCGCCCGUGGUCACCCCCGAAAGCACCAUCCCGGUCCCCACGCUGCCACCAUCGAGAGCCCACAGCCCUGCAUGGGGCCUCCCCACCUCGCUGGGCUCUAUCUCUGACCUUAUCUACAGUGCAGCCAUCACCAAUCUGGGCGAGCCGUAAGCGGGGUGCGCUGGGGCUUAAUGCCCUGAGUUCAUUAGGGUGUGGAAUUACUGCUGGGCCCAGCGGUCCCUACGAUGCCAUCCAAUAUCCUAAAUGCUGGUGCAGCCGUGACGGGGCCAGCUCCCAAUCAGCCCCCCUAAUACCAACUAAUCUUUUGGAAAAAAUACCUUAAUCUGAGGCAGGAUCCGCGGAUGAUUGUGGCGUGGCCGCCCCUAAUCCUCAGGCACGUUUGCAGGUGCCGGCAGAUUUCCCCGUAUCAGAUAUUAAAGCGUGUUCACUGAA